AUGGAGGCGCUGCAUUGGAAAAACAUACUGGAAAAGGUCACGGGGUCCGGCGGGCCGCCGCGGGGAGGAGGAGGAGGGGGAGGCGAGCCCAAGGGGCGCUUUGGCGGCGGCAUUGGAAACACGCCGGGCAUGGCCGCCGGUGCACGCCCCAUGUCGAUGCCCGUGGGCUCUUUUGGAGGAGGCGUGCUCGCAGCCUGGACCGAGGACCGCUUCGACCAGUUCCUCGUCAUCGCACGGGCGCUCCAGGUCACCUUUGCCUUCAUCCUCCUCAUCAUUGCCAUCGUCCUGGCCUCGUUCCAGAGCAAGUGGAUCGGCAGUCUGUCGGGCCUCACGGGCUUCCUCCUCGUCAUGGCCGUCCUCACCCUCGUCUUUGGCGGCCUCCUCCUCGGCAUCCCCUUUUUGCCGCCCGCCAUGCAGGACUCGCUGGCCAAGGCCACGCGCCUGAUCGAGACGCCCCGCGUGGGCAUCAUCCUCAACGGCCUCUCCUUUGGCUUCUGGAUCAUUGUCAGCGUCACCGAGACCAUCUCGGCAUACACCUCGGCCGGCUGCAAGAAUGCAGACAACGACCCGCACGCAAAGUCGUCCAAGGGCAAGGAGGACGACUUCAAGAAGGCGCUGCCCACCUUUUGCACCUCGAAAAAGGUCGCUGCUGCCUUUUGCUGGUUCCUCUGGAUCACGACACUCGCGACGGCGCUCCUCUUCCUCCGGGCCUGGCGCCUGGGCCGCAAGAAUGGCCCGCGCAUUCCGCCCUUUGUCCACCCCGCAGACGACAGCGCAUUUGAGCCGAUUGCAGACGACGCAGACGAGGAGGCUGCUGGUCUCGUCGGUGGCCCAGCCGACGACGCCGGCUAUGGCGGACGCUACGGCGACGGUGGCGACGGCCAGUACGGCAUGGGUGCGCCCUACGACGACGGCAGGCACGGCUAUGGCGGCGGCGGCGGCCGAGGAGGGGGCUACCACGACGACCACAUGGAUGCCUAUGCUGGCGGCGGUGGCGGUGGCGGCGGCGGCUACGGGGCCCAGCACCAGGACCCGUUCGCCGACCGCGCAGGCCAGCAGCCGCGCAUGUCGUACGACUACGGCGCCUACUCGCAGCCCAACCACAGCACGGCGCAGGUCCAGGAUCCCUACUCGGCGAUCCAGUACCAGCUCAACAACCAGCGCAGCCCCGAGGGCCCGCCGCAGCUGCCGCCCCUCUACCGGUGA